AUGCCGAAUACGGCGUUGUUGACGUCGUCACUGCACUACGGCAUUGUUGCUCGUUCGUAUCCGCUCACUGGCAAGAUUCUUCGAGGAUAUCUCGACGCUACCGGUACCGCGAAUGGGCUUGGCUGGGGAAACCCCAACAUCGAGUUCUCACCCCACGUGACGGCGAUCGCACUUGCGUCCGAGGGCCAGACCGCGAAGGUGCUGUGGGGGUACCGGAAUGGUGAGGUCGCGGUGACAACGGCGAAUCGCGCCAUGGACCGAAAUCAUGCGUCGGCCGCGAAGCACGUUCGCUGCAAAGUGGACGACUGCCACGAGGGCGCGGUGCGCGACGUCGCGUGGGGAGUAGUUCCUGGCAUGGAGGGCUCGAGCGCGUUCGUGACAGGCGCUGCGGAUGGGCGUGUGAAGCUGUGGGAUGCAAAGCGCGUUCAGUCCUUGUGGACCUCCGCCAGGGGCCCGGACCUUGUCACCGACUCGUGCGUGAAGGUUGCAUUCGACAUUGUUCAUGGGACGGUAGUCUGCGCGAAGCAGAGCGGCGCGAUUGUCGUGUGGUCAGGUCUUGGCGGGGCACUCGCUGGUGAUGUCGAGAUACCACAAGUUACUCCGCGCGAAACUCUAAUACCUGCAUUCCCUGCCUUGAACCCCCCCUCGGAAGCCUCGCGCACGGCUGCCGACAGAGAACUUAUCGACCUACGGCUCAUCUACUCGUCUGGCGACAGGCCAUCCCUCUUGACUGUCUACAAGGAAGAUCGCUACUUUUACCGGGUG